AUGUGGAAGGCUUUCCUUGGUUAUUUGGGACCUCAGGAAGAACAAUGGAAAGCGUAUGAUUCAGUGGAAUUGAUCAAAACUUACAGUGGUCCACCACGCGAAAUACUGAUCGAUCAAGGCACGGCUGAUGAAUUUUUGGCGAAGAAACAGUUGCUGCCGGAAAAUUUGCAGAAUCUAGAUAAUGAUAAGGUAAAGGUCAAGUUGAGAUACCAGGAAGACUACGAUCACUCGUACCUCUUUAUUGCGACGUUCAUCGAAGAGCAUUUUGCAUUUCAUAGUGGAAUUUUGUCCCAAAAGAUUCCUGACAAAUAA